AUGGAAAGUAUGAAAAAAGAUCCGAUUCUUCAAGUAGAGACAACAUGUGGAUCCCUCUUAUACGAGCUUCAGAUUAUUUGGGAUGAAGUUGGGGAAACAGAAACUGAUAGAGAUAAGAUGUUGCUUGAGCUUGAACGUGAAUGCUUGGAAGUAUACAGAAGAAAAGUUGACCAAGCCAAUCGAUGUAGAGCUCAGCUUAGACAAGGAAUAGCUGAUGCUGAAGCAGAACUUGCUGCUAUCUGUUCUGCAAUGGGAGAACGCCCUGUGCAUAUUAGACAAUGUGAUCAAACCGUUGGUAGCUUGAAACAAGAGCUUGGGAGGAUUCUUCCUGAGCUUGAAGAAAUGCAAAAGAGGAAAACUGAAAGAAGAAACCAGUUCUUACUUGUCCUCGAAGAAAUAGUUAGCAUUACUAAUGAUAUUAAAGGUCAAGGAGAACAUGUUGUUCUUUCCAAGCCACGUAUCGAUGAGACUGACUUGUCUAUGAGGAAGCUUGAAGAGUUACACUGUCAGCUGCAAGCACUUCAGAAAGAGAAGAGUGAUCGUGUGGAGACAAUUCGGAAACACAUGUGUUCUCUGUAUUCACAUUGCUCAGUACUUGGAAUGGACUUCAAUGAUGUUGUUGGCCAAGUAGAUCCAACAUUGAGUGAUCCAGAAGGACCAAGAAGCUUAAGCGAUCACACGAUAGAGAAAUUGGGGGCUGCAGUUCAAAAGCUGAGGGAGGUUAAGAUACAGAGAAUGCAGAAGCUUCAAGAUCUAGCAACGACAAUGUUGGAGCUCUGGAAUUUGAUGGAUACACCGAUAGAAGAGCAGCAAGAGUAUCAGCAUAUCACCUGCAAUAUAGCUGCAUCAGAGCAUGAAAUAACUGAAGCUAAUAGUCUCUCUGAAGACUUCAUUAAAUAUGUUGAGGCAGAGGUUGUACGAUUGGACGAGGUAAAGGCAAGCAAAAUGAAAGAACUUGUUCUGAAGAAAAGGUCAGAGCUAGAGGACAUAUGUAGGAAAACGCACAUGUUACCAGUGUCAGACAGUGCCAUAGAUCAGACUAUAGUGGCGAUUGAAUCUGGUAUUGUGGAUGCAACGAUGGUCUUGGAACACCUUGAGCAACACAUUUCUAAGAUCAAAGAGGAAGCUUUGAGCAGAAAAGAGAUUCUUGAGAAGGUCGAGAAAUGGUUAUCUGCCUGCGAUGAAGAAAGUUGGCUUGAAGAAUACAACAGGGACGAUAACAGAUACAAUGCUGGACGAGGAGCUCAUCUUACUCUCAAGCGUGCUGAGAAAGCUCGUAAUCUUGUUAACAAACUUCCAGGAAUGGUAGAAGCUCUGGCCUCGAAGACAAUAGUUUGGGAACAAGAGAAGGGAAUUGAGUUUCUUUAUGAUGGUAUCCGUCUACUCUCUAUGCUUGAGGAGUAUAAUUUACUCAGGCAGGAAAGAGAAGAAGAACACCGUCGCCAACGGGACCAGAAGAAGCUCCAAGGACAGCUCAUAGCAGAACAAGAGGCACUUUACGGGUCGAAACCGAGCCCAUCAAAACCACUCGGUGGUAAAAAGGCUCCACGAAUGUCAACAGGUGGUGCACCAACAAACCGUAGACUCUCCUUAGGAGCAGCGAUGCAUCAGACUCCUAAACCGAACAAGAAAUCAGACCAACGCCAGAUCGAUGGAACUUUAUCAACUGGAAGAAGAGGGCUUGAUAUUGCUGGACUUGCUACAAGAAAACAAUCGAUGAAUCCUUGUGAAAUGUUACAGUCUCCGUUAGUUCGCAAACCUUUCUCACCCAUUUCGACCACUGUGAUUGCAUCAAAGGCCAACAUAGCAACAACAACAGCACAACAACAACUUCUUGCAACUCCCGUCAAGAACAAGAAUUUGGAAGAAGAGAAGAUGAUGGCGAUGAUGAUGAUGAUGCAAACACCGAAGAAUGUUGCAGCCAUGAUUCCCAUCCCAUCUACACCAGCGACAGUCUCUGUCCGGAUGCAAACCGCACCAACACCACUCAACACCAAUACGAGAUUGCUGCCAGAAAAGCCUGAGGUUCUUGAGUACUCCUUUGAGGAACGAAGACUCGCCUUCAUGCUACAACAAGAAUCUAACUCUUUGAUUCACCACGUUUGA